AUGAGUGCGCAAACUGUCUUGUGGCACAUCUUGGAUAUGUUCCGAAAGGGAAGAAAUGCAAAGAUAUCCGAAAUCACAGAAACUCUUCAGAUAACCCGGAAGGAGUGCAUGGAUUCGCUGCAUUUAAUAGCGGAGCAGCUAGAGCCCAUGGGGUACGCUCUCGUGCCAGGAUAUACAUCCCGAGUGGAUGCAAGUGGAAAGGCACUUUUACCGGAUGAAAAUAGCAUGAACUAUACGCACAAGGCUGAGUCCCUAAAGAAGUGCGACUUUGUGUAUAUUGCAAAGAAGGAAGAGUGCACUGAGGAGGAGAAUAUGUACAUCAAUGAGCAUGUCUCUGAGAUACUAUACGUUUUCAUGGUGCUGUAUCUAAAUGGAAGCGAGCUGCAGUAUGAGAAAGUGCUGGGGGCUAUGAAAAAGAUAGAACGAGACGAAGACACAAUGAAGGAGCUGAUAAACAAGAAGUAUUUCUACAAGAAAAAGAGAAACGACGAGCAUUUCAUCCGGCCUGGGUGGAAGUUCUUCAUAGAGUUUCCAGAUUUUUCGCCAGAGGAGUACUUAGCAAUAGUCAAGACGUCCAGUGUAUAA